CAGCUGCAUAUCUUCCAAGAAAAGCCCGUGUUUUCUGAAGGAAUUCGAGUGGAGGUGCUUUAUUAAGGGAACCAGUCAGGACAAACAUUAGCAUGGCAAGCACAGCUGUUCAGUUACUUGGCUUCUCUCUGAGCCUGCUCGGUCUAAUUGGGACACUAAUUGCUACUAUUCUGCCACACUGGUGGCGAACGGCGCAUGUAGGCACCAAUAUUAUAACAGCUGUGGCGUAUAUGAAAGGUCUGUGGAUGGAGUGUGUCUGGCACAGCACCGGCAUCUACCAGUGCCAAGUCCACCGCUCCCAGCUCGCACUGCCUCGUGACCUCCAAGCAGCCCGUGCCAUGAUGGUGAUUUCCUGCGUCCUUUCCGCGCUGGCAUGCGUGAUUGCUGUCGUCGGAAUGAAGUGCACCCGCUGUGCCAAGGGGACUUCUGCCAAAGCCUCCAUCGCAGUCUCCGGGGGGAUCGUCUUCAUCCUGGCCGGUCUCGUUUGCCUGGUACCUGUUUCCUGGACCACUAACGAUGUAGUUACAGAUUUCUACAACCCCCUGCUUCCUCACGGGAUGAAGUACGAGAUAGGUCAAGCCCUGUACCUUGGCUUUGUCUCUGCAUCUUUGACGAUCCUCGGAGGCGCUCUGCUGUGCACGUCGGGCCAGUGCAAUGGGAACGAGGCACCCUACCAGCCGCAGCCCAGAGGCACGAGGAGGACUGCUCCCUCCUGUAGACCACCAACUGUCUACAAGGGAAACCAUGCUUCUUCCCUGACAUCUGCUUCCCAUAGCGGCUACAGAUUAAAUGACUAUGUGUGA